GCUGCAGAAGGUUUGUGCAAAUGGGUUAUUGCCAUUUCGAAAUAUGAUAAAGUAGCUAAAGUCGUGGCGCCUAAAAAAUUGGCUCUAGCAGCUGCUGAAGCUGAUUAUAAUGUGGCUAUGACAGCUUUAGAAGCGAAAAGAGCACUGUUACGAGAAGCAAGGGAAAAGGUUGCCCAUUUAGAAGCUGUUUUAGAUAGAGAAAAUAGUAAAUUUCAAACUCUAAACGGAGAAGCGCAACUUUGUGCUACUAAACUACAAAGAGCCGAAGAACUUAUUGGCGGAUUAGGAGGUGAAAAACAAAGAUGGUCUUCCACCGCUAAAGCUUUAGCUGAAAAAUAUUUAAUUUUAACUGGAGAUGUGCUGCUUAGUUCUGGUGUUGUCGCUUAUUUAGGUGCUUUUACCUUGCAAUAUAGGCAGGUUCAGAUCAACGAAUGGGUCAAAGCACUUACAGCGUAUAAAAUUGUUUGCGCCGCCGAUUUUCAAUUAACCGCCAUUCUCGGCGAACCGGUUAUAAUAAGACAAUGGAAUAUUUAUGGUUUACCCAGUGAUAGCUUUAGCAUUGAUAAUGGAAUUAUAAUAACAAACGCUAGAAGAUAUCCAUUAAUGAUCGAUCCCCAAGGUCAAGCAAAUAAAUGGGUGAAAAAUAUGGAGAAACAAAAUAAUUUAUCAAUAAUUCGUUUAAAUCAACCCGAUUAUGUGAGAGUUUUAGAAAAUUCGAUUCAAUUUGGACAACCGGUUUUAUUAGAAAAUAUUGGUGAAGAAUUAGACGCGAUCUUAGAACCUGUCUUAGGACAACAAACUUUUAAGCAAGGUGGUGCUAUGUGUUUGAAACUGGGUGAUUCAGUGGUUGAAUAUAACGAUGACUUUAAAUUAUAUAUCACAACAAAACUAAGGAAUCCCCAUUAUUUACCAGAAGUAGCAGUCAAAGUAACAUUGGUAAAUUUUAUGAUAACCACUGUUGGGUUGGAAGAUCAACUUUUGGGGAUAGCUGUUGCCAAAGAACGUCCCGAUUUAGAAGCUGAAAAAAAUCAGCUUAUUUUACAAGGUGCAGAAAAUAAGAGGAUGUUGAAAGAAAUCGAAGAUAAGAUUUUGUGGGUUUUAAGUUCAUCCGAAGGGAAUAUUUUAGAAGAUGAAACGGGGAUUCAAAUUUUAAGCUCAUCGAAAGUUUUAUCUAACGAAAUCGCCGCCAAACAAGCCGUGGCGGAAGUAACUGAAAAAUCCAUCGAUAAAGCUAGAAUGGAAUAUCGCCCCAUAGCGGUACACGCAGCAGUUUUAUUUUUCACCAUCGUAGAUUUGGCUAAUAUCGACCCCAUGUAUCAAUACUCUUUAGUUUGGUUUAUGAAUCUCUUUAAGGGUACCAUAGAUAAUACCGAAAGGGUCGAUGACGUACAAAUAAGAUUACAAGACUUGCAAAAACAUUUUACAUAUUCUUUAUACGUGAAUAUUUGUCGGAGUCUUUUUGAAAAAGAUAAGUUAUUGUUUGCUUUGUUGUUGACAAUAAAUUUAAUGAAAAGUAGAGGAGAGGUUAAUAUUGCUGAAUGGAUGUUCUUUUUAACCGGCGGUGUUGGAUUAGAUAAUCCAUACCAAAACCCUUCUGGUUGGUUGGUUCAAAAAUCUUGGGACGAAUUGUGUCGAGCUGAUGAUUUCCCAGCUUUAAAAGGGCUUCGACAACAUUUUACUGACAAUUUGAAAGCAUGGAGGGUUGUUUUUGAUUCUGUAGAACCACAUCAUGUUCCACUUCCGGGAAAAUUCUCCAACGUCAGUGAUAUUGAAAAGUUACUUUUAGUAAGAGUAAUACGUCCUGAUAAAGUAGUUCCGGCAGUGCAAGAUUUCGUAGAAAAACACAUAGGAAAACCAUAUAUUGAACCACCCCCAUUUGAUUUACCAUCAUCUUACGCUGAUUCCCAUUGUACUGUACCUUUAAUUUUCGUUUUAACACCUGGGGCCGAUCCUACUGCGGUUUUAUUAAAAUUUGCGGACGAUCAAGGAUUCGGAUCGUCACGAUUAUUUUCGUUGUCAUUAGGACAAGGUCAAGGACCGAUUGCAGUCAGAUUAAUUGACGAAGGUGUUCGAAACGGUACAUGGGUAGUAUUACAAAAUUGUCACCUUGCAAAAAGUUUCAUGCCCACGUUAGAAAGAAUCUGUGAAAAUUUUAGCGUAGAUACAACCCAUCCAGAUUUUCGAUUAUGGUUAACUUCUUACCCAGCUGAACACUUUCCGGUGUUAGUACUGCAAAACGGUGUCAAAAUGACAAACGAACCCCCUAAAGGUUUACGCGCAAAUAUAGUAAGAUCGUAUUUAAGCGACCCAAUUUCAAAUAUAGAAUGGUUUGAUUCGUGCAAACAAGAUUUAAUUUUCAAAAAGUUACUUUACGGUCUUUGCUUUUUCCAUGCUUCCGUGCAAGAACGUCGCAAAUUUGGACCGUUGGGAUGGAACAUACAAUAUGAAUUCAACGAAACCGAUUUGCGAAUAAGCGUCAUGCAACUGCAGAUGUUUUUAAACGAAUACGACGACGUUCAGUAUGAUGCUUUAAGGUAUUUAACCGGUGAAUGUAAUUAUGGUGGCCGUGUAACCGAUGAUUGGGAUAGAAGAUGUUUACGAACCAUUUUAAAUCAGUUUUACUGUAAAGGUUUGGUCGAAACGGAUAAUUAUGCAUUUGAUCCUACAGGUGUUUACUAUUGCCCGGCUACAAAUGAUUACGACGCAUUUAUAGAUUACACAAAAUCUUUACCGAUAAUUACUCCUCCAGGAGUUUUUGGUAUGAAUGAAAAUGCUGAUAUUAUGAAGGAACAACAAGAAACUAAUUUAUUAUUUUCAACUAUUCUUGUUACACAGGAUCGUACGGAUGUCUGGCAAUUGGCACAACUCAUAGCAGAGAGGGAUGCUUCUAGCGGCGGUGGCGGUGGAAAAUCAUCUGAUGAUACAUUAAAUGAUAUAGCAACGGAUAUUCUCAAUAAACUUCCCAACAACUUCGACAUUGUUGACGUAAUGGAAAAAUAUCCCACUUCUUACAAUCAAAGUAUGAACACUGUUUUGGUACAAGAAAUGGGAAGAUAUAAUAAACUUCUCAGUGUUAUACGUAGCAGCUUAAUUAAUGUUAGAAAGGCGAUAAAAGGUGUGAUCGUAAUGAAUGCUUCUUUAGAAGAAGUCUAUACAAGUAUGUUAACUGGUCGAAUUCCAAAAGUGUGGGCUGGUUCUUCUUACCCUUCAUUGAAACCACUGGGAAGUUAUAUAAAUGAUUUCCUUCAAAGAUUAUUAUUUCUACAAUUAUGGUUUGAGAAUGGAGCCCCAAUAACGUUUUGGUUAUCCGGAUUUUAUUUCACUCAAGCUUUCUUAACUGGUGCCCAACAAAACUAUGCAAGAAAAUAUAAAAUACCUAUUGAUUUAUUAUCGUUUGAUUACGAAAUGUUGAAAGCUACUAGUUUUAGUAAAGCUCCCGAUGAUGGAGUCUACGUUUAUGGUUUAUUCGUGGACGGUGCGAGAUGGAACAUGCAAACUAUGAGCUUAGAUGAGUCACUUCCAAAAGUACUCUUUAGUACUAUACCAUUUAUUUGGUUAAAGCCAUUAAAACGUAGUGAUUUGGUUCAACGACACACUUAUAUUUGUCCUCUUUAUAAAACCAGUGAACGAAAAGGAGUUUUAUCAACCACAGGUCAUUCAACCAACUUUGUUAUUGCGAUGACGAUUCCUACAAUACUUCCGCCUGAACAUUGGAUUUUAAGAGGAGUGGCUAUGUUAUGUGCCUUGUCACAAUGAAGAGUUUUCAGCCAAUAUUUUAUGUAUCUAAAUUUUUAAUUUGAUUUUUAUGUGUAUAACCAACUCUUAUUUUACAAAUAAAGUAUAAUUUUUAA